AUUUAAUGAGUUGCAGUUUGCAAUGUAACUUAGAUGUGUCUUUUGGUAAUCAAACAGAUAAUUCCGUCUGGUUACGAGAAAUCGUUUUGCUUUGCCGUUAUGGAGACCCCACAAAACUCUUUAAACAUCACCUUCCAGGACGAUAAAGAAAUACAGGAUUUGUUAAAACAACUCAAGGAUGCCAAAACUGAACUACAGCUUACUAAAGACGAGGUGGAGCAAGUAAACCAAGACGUUAACAAAUGCAGAGAGGAGAUGGACCGGAGGAUGAUGAUGAUGGUCCAGAUGGAUGAAGGCCUGUGGAAUGCAUUGCUUGAGCUGGACACUCAGAUGCAGGAGAAGAAAAGCCUUGCCAAUCAGCUGGAAGAAUUAACUCUAUCUAGUACCAUAGAGUCGAAGCAAGCUCUUCUGAGAAGUUUGCAGGAGGAGCAAAGCAGCCUGCUGGAGCAGGAGUGUGAUCUGAAGCUCAAACGUGAGCAGCUGAGGAAAGCACUGCUGGAUGCUUCUGCAAACUCAGAGGAAGUUUCACAGGGUGAGAAUCCAGUUCAACCAAACUCUUCCAGCCAGAGUAAGUCUACAGAAAAGCCAGUGAGAAAAAGAGGAACACGGAAGUGAUCACAACAUCAAAAAAGUGCUACUAAAUUUUUUUUUAUGUCUAGUACAACCAAGCUGCAAUAAACAUGGGAAAAUAUGGUGAAUUAUUAUUUUUAAAAAAUUUUUGAUGCAACAAUUGAAAUGUUCCUUGGUAGUCACUAUACUGAAAAAAGUGUAAAGAUUCAAAAGAUUGACCUCUGGCAAUGAUAAACUCAAACAAAUGUGCUUAAGUUUUUAAACUUUAACUUGGAGGCACUUCUCCUGGGUGAAAUUUGAAGAU